AAGCCCGCUGAUCCCUUGCCGUUUCUCUCCUCGCAGCUGUUGAAGAGCGCAGUGAGCAACCAGUUGCAGGUCACCAAUGAUGUCAUCACGCAGGCGACUGCCCCGGCCCCACAACCAAAUGCCGGCCCCCCAGCCAAUGCUGGGCCAGCGUCAGUACUGCCCUUCAAGGAUUAUUAUGCCGGGCACAUUCGUACGAUGGCGCCUGCUGCCUACGAAAAGAUUCAUGCCAAGUUUCCUGCCCAGCCAAAGCCUGUGGCGGCAGCGGUUCCACCAGCCCCACCUGCACUCCCAAAGACUGAGCAAGUUGCUUCAGUUCCACAAAUCAAGAGCGCACCAGCACCUGUGGCCCCUGCUAUGCCUGCGGCACCAGCAGCCAAGACUCCCUUUGCCAAGCUGCCAUCUGUUGGCACCUGGCUUGCCCCAUCACCGGCCAAGCUGACGAACGCACAGGCAAAGGCGCAGACCUCUGUGCCCGCCGCAGCUCCGGCCCCCGCCCCAGCACCAGCAGCAGAGGCCCCUGUUCAGCCUGCCGCUGUGACCCUGACACCCUUCACCCCGUACUACAACGAUCACGUUCGCACGAUGGCACCUGCGGCUUACGACAAGCUGUACGCCAAGUUCCCAGCAAAGUCCAAGCCCGAGGUCGCCCCACCCGCCCCACCAGCAGCUGCCGAGAAGAGCGAGGCAGUUCCCGUGCCAGAGGCAAAGAGUGUCCUCGCAACUGUCAGCCGAACACCGUUUGCUUUGCUGCCCUCGGUUGCCACUUGGCUAGCAGCAUCGCCGCUUCUUCUGACGAAUGCUACUGCUAGAACACCAGAGGCAGUUGUGUCUCAGAAGCAGGCCCCAGCGGUUGGCACCAAUACUGCCACCCCUUCCGCUAUCUCCCUAACCCCAUUCACCCCAUACUACGCAACCCACCUCCGCACCAUCAAUCCUUCAUCCCUCAGUGACCUCUACUCCAAGUUUCCAUGCCACAAGCCUGAGCCACUCCCGGUGCUGGAGAAGACUAUGACCGUCCUUAUGACAAUGGAGAAGGAUGACCUGAUUCAUGAGUUUCAG